AUAAAAGACACUUGGUCACACUGAUACAAACACGUGUGGAGUGCGGUCGCCGCACAUUAUUAUUAAUCUUCGCUUAAAUAUUGAAUUUAAUUAAAACAAAGAAAAGAAGCACAAUACCAGGAUGAGCACAGCGUUGGCCCAACAGCUGCAGAAAUUGGCGGCUCCGCAGUCGUCCAUAACGAUAGCGGAUGCCCGAAGUCGCGCAUCCGUGCUCUUCGAUCCCAAGGAGGCGGCCACCAAGGACCGGCGCACCAUCUAUGAGAUCGGGCUAGCGGGAUUGCAGGAGCUGACCGAAUUCAACCCGGACUUCAAGGAGUUCCAGCUGACGCUGUUCGACGAGGCCACACUGACGCUGGAGCGAUCCGUGGAGCUGCCGGAGGUCAACAAGCUGCUCGACACGGCGAUUGGCAAGUUCCUGCGCCUGUUGUCUCCGUAUCUCCUGCUGCGUCCUGCCCACAUGGCCUUCGAGUGGCUGCUGCGCCGGUUCCAGGUGCACGAGUACAACCGCAGCGAGGUGAUGGCUCUGAUCCUGCCCUACCACGAGACCAUGAUCUUUGUCCAGAUCCUACAGACCAUGAGGCUACGGUCGGCAGACGCGGACUGGUUCUGGCUGAGGCCACUCCAGCGUCCUGGCGUCUCUCUAGCUAAGACGGCCAUCAUCAAUAGGGCCGCCAGCAACCCCGCCUUUCUGGGCUUUAUAUGCCAAAACACUCAAAAGGCGGUCAAGGAACUGGGACCGCGAGCUCACCAACUGCAGGCCCAGAUCAACUUCUACGCCACCGUCGUUGUGGGCGCCCUGCAAACGGCAAAACCCCUGCAAGAUUGGCACAUCACCACCAUCCUGGAGUCGCUGCUCCGGGGUCUGGUAUCGGAUACCAUCGAUUUCAUGGCCGCCGCCUAUGUGAUCGUCGCCCAGCUGGUUUCCCGCACUAAGCUGAAGAGCAAGGUGUGCAACGCCUUACUGGAACGCGUGGCCAACUGUCCGUUCGAGAGGCUUCACAGCGAGUCCCUGCUGUUGCUCGUCUGCAUCUAUGGCAAGCAGCAGGCCGCUCUGCCGCAAUUCAAGCCCGAUACAGUCCUUAAUCUAGUCGGAAAAAAAUGGCUUACCUCGGAGCUGGCUUCCCUGGCCAAGGGCAACAUCGCCAUCCAGUCCAUCUGCAUGCCGCUCAUGACGGGCGCCGUGGUCGCCAUUCGGGAGGAGGACGCAGCCUCCAACUCCUGCAAACUUUUCUUGGACAACCUGAUCUCGGAUGUGCCACUGGCAACGCCGACUGCCCAGCAAAUGAUCAAUUGCUUUCUAGAUACUUUUGUGGAGACGGCGAGCGCACCUGAGCCAAUGGAUACUACCGCAGACUACGAUGACGAUACCAUCGUAAUUGAUUCGGACGAUGAGACAGAGAUUGAAAAGACCAGUUUUCAAACCUGGUAUUCAGCUUAUCUCGAAAAGCUGGAGAGACGUUAUCCUGAAGCCUUUGACCUAAGCGUUAAAGAGGCCUUGAGGGCCAAAUCCUCCACAAGCAAUCGCCAAAAGGCCUUAAAAUUGGCUCUAGGCUUCCGUCUUAAUACCACUGAUGAAAGGGCGAAGCACGCCUAUGAAAGGCUCUACCACUACAGCUCUGACUGGCGUCUGGGUGCUGUCCAACAGCUGCUCCAAAACCUUAAGGUGACAAAGAAGAGAGAGCGCAGCGUAAAGCUCCUGCAGGAGUGUCUGCCCGAUAGGAUCAAUGAUGACAGUGGUGCUGUGGUGGCGGCCGUGCUCUCACUGCCCACCGAGGAGCUGGCCGAGAUGUUGGGCCCUCUUCCACUGGCCAAAACCCUAUGCCGUCUGCUAAAUCGCGCUCAAUCCAAAAAGGAGCUCGAGUGGAUGCCUGUGGUUCCGCUGGCCGUUCGUCACUUAACUUCAGCCCCAGUAAACGGCCACUAUGACAAAAAUCUGGUGCUCUUGGCGCUGAUGCCGCUGCUCUUCCCCUGCGAAGCCCUGGCGAAGCACGAGCAUGAGGCACUGUUGAUUCUUCUCAGUAGUGAUUUUGCUAAUAAGGUUCCGUUCUUGGCAGAACUUAAAGUGAGCGAUGAUUUUAACAACUUUAAGGCCAACGAGCAUCGUCAACACUUCCUGGACGUAAUAGCGAGCAGCAGUGAGGAGCUGAUUAGUCAGGAGAGGGCGCUGCUGCAAAGCGUCCAGGAUCAUGGAGGUGAAGCCUAUAUACAGGAAGCCUCCCAAUUAACACAUCUAUUAUUGCUGUUGACGGCCUACGCCAAAAGAGAAUUGCAACCUCAUGAGAGCCUGCACAUGCUGGAAAGAAUCGUACUAUACAGUCGGGGCAUCCAGUUCCGUUUGGUUAGGGGCAAACCCAAUACCACAACUUCUGUCCCUCUCCAACUGUAUGUAGAUUUCCUUCUUACUUUGGUUAAAAAUACCAAAUGGACAUCUCUGGCUGCGACGCCUUGGAAUCAAUUAACGGAUGAACUUCGUCUCUGUCUGCGUCUGCUGGAGAUAAUAUGCGCUCAAUUCUUCACGGAUCGGACUGAUCUGCCAGAGCGUCAAGAGUGGACUCGAGCUCUGCAGCAAAGUCUUCAACUAAUUCUACCCGAGGCCCAGGACAGACUGGAUCUGCUGACCAACUUCUACGUCUUCGAGCGGAUGCCGGAAUUGUGGCCACGGGACUCGGAUUAUGCUGUGUUCCGCUUGCAAGGCUUCCUGUUGCUAGAGGCGGUACUAUCCAACCCAAAAUCGCAACUGAACUGCAGCCUGGUUCACGUGCUGCGCGUGGCCAACGCCUGUACAUCGCCACUACAAACACUGCGAGUGCAGGCAAUUAACACACUGCAGUUGAUCAGCAGUCGCAAAUUGGUGUCCCAUGUUGAGCAAUUGGUGCGAUCGCUCCUGCAACGCAAGAGCGAGUUGAGCAUGGAUCACGAACAGUACGCCCUGAUACUAUACACCAUUCUCGAACCAGAGCACGCCACGGCCAAGGAGAAAAUGGUACUCUCCAAGUUAAGAAGGUCGGUCUUAGCUUUGGCCUGCGAUCCCAAGCAACCGCCCAUUUGUACCGCAGCUCUGCUGUCCGCCCUGAAACACGUCAACGAUGAGCACUUCCUUGCGGAAUUAUUACCCCUUGGUCUUGACUCCCUGACAAAAAUCACUGCGGGCGAAGGCAACCAGCAUUUGAAACAGCUUCCAUGGCCACAUAGCGCAAUCUACAAGUCGGUGAUGGAAAAAUUCGAGGGACGUGUAGGACUUAAUGUGUUGCUACGAAAGGAUCUGGCAUGGAAGCUGUUCGAGGAGAGUUUCGCCAACCACGACAUCUACGUUCAACUGGAACAGAAGCUCCAGCCAUUGCCCUGCAUCCUGCUGAAUAGUCUCACCCCAGAAACCUACGAUCAAAUGCAGGCCAAGCACAAGGUGGCACUGAUCAAGCUGAUUGUUGAGGCGGCCACUAAUUCGGACAACGAUAGCAUUUUCCUGGCCAGCCAUCGAUUGUUGAAGCGCUGCCGUUUGGAGUGCCAGCCACUUGUGUCGAUGCUGGCGGAGAUGGUCAGCACCGAGGUGCAGCAGCAGAGACCGCCGACUGCCUCCAAGCGACGUUCAGUAGCGGCCCCCCGACUGGAUCUAACAACCCCAUCCUGGAAGCAUGGAAUGACUCUUCUCGAGCUGGUGGAACACAAGAAGCAGCUUGUAGGAGCGGAGCUGCUGAUUCCACAGCUUUUCGAUCUUCUGGAGGUCUGCCUAAAGGAGGAGCACAGUGGCGUCGAGUAUCCCAAGCAGCUGAUCCUCGCGAACUUGCUUCACUGCUGCCAAACGGCCCAGGCUGCCGGCGUGCAGAUAGUCAAGGCUCUUCCCCAAUCUUUCUUUCGCGUCGAACUGGUGGUGCAGUGCCUGAGAAACACGCGCAAUCCGCAGACCCAGCAGCACGCCUUGCUCCUCCUAACCCACUGUGCCGCCCUGUAUCCGCAACAGGUUUUGCUUAAGAUUGUGGAGAUCUUCACGUUUGUGGGUUCCUCGGUGGCGCGACACGACGAUGCCUUCAGUCUGCACAUUAUUCACAAUGUUGUGGAGUCGAUUAUACCCAUUCUGUUGCUAAAGACUGGACAUAGAGAGCUGGUUAUCCCUGUGCUCAAGGUGUUUGCUGAUAUUUGCACGGACGUGCCGGUGCAUCGGAGAUUGCCUCUUUACGCUACCCUGUUCCGCGUACUAGAGCCCAAAGAGCAUCUUUGGCAAUUCCUGUGCAUUGUAUUCGAGUCGCAAAUGCUUCGGGAGGAGGCCCCUAAAAAAGUAUCCUCAGACAAGUCGCGGCUCGACUUUGCUCGCGAACUAACGCUGAUGUUCGAGGAUUCGACGGUGGCCUUGCAAACGAGCAUACGUCUGUUGGAAUUCUUGGCCACGCUGCCGACGAGUCAGAUCGACCAAUUGGGGAGCACCACGGAAAACCAGCUAUUUAAUGUGCGGGCCCGAACGUUCAAGCAACUCCGCCACUACAAGUACCUGAUUAUGGACUUCCUGUCGGGAAUCAGUAGCUGCAACGAAUGGCAGGCAAAAAUGAAGCGAUCCGAUCCCACUGAACUGCUGCCGUAUUAUCAGGACUUUAUCCUAAAGGCGCUCGCGUACGUGGGCGUAGUCAAUGGAGCGUUGGAAGCAGCCACCGAAACACCAUCUGUAGAGAAGUUCUGGGGGGUGCUGGCUAUCCACGUCCACGAUGUUUUAGACAAUGCCAUUGGCCUGUUGGCGCCAGAAGAUUUCCUCAGCGUGAUCACCGAGCUGCUGCAGCACGAUCAUGUGUAUGUGCGCAUCAAGGUGCUAGAACUGUUGGUAACCAAGUUAAGCUCCACGAGCGAUUACUUCCAGCAUACUGCCGCCGAACACUUUGGAGUGCUUUUUGCGCCGUUUCAGGAGAUUAUUGACGGGAUCCUGGAGAGCGGUCCCAGCAGUGGACAGCAGGCGAAGCUACAACAGACCGCUUUGCACGCCCUGCAGCUCUUGGCCCUACGCCACGGUCGCGAAUAUGUCGACGAGUGCCGCUCCUUGCUGGCUGCUCUUACCAAGAUCACAAAGCGGCGAGCUAACGUGCCCAAGGCAGUGGUGGGCAAUGUUGUGUUGACUCUCGUCGAGAUCUGCGCCAGUCUCAAGGCCCACGCCCUAGCGCAAUUGCCCAAAUUCGCGCCCCAGCUUACGGAACUACUGAAGGAACAGGUUUACCAGAUGGCCACGCUCAAGCAGGGACCGGACUACGUCUGCUCCACUCUGAUAACUGCUUGGCACACGCUUUUCAAGGCAUUGCCACUUUUCCUAGGACCCUAUUUGGUGGACAUCAUCGCAGGCCUAGCGCGCCUCUCGGUGCAACUGGAUAAUCCGUUGCUGUUGCAGGAUAAGCGCGCCCAGGAUCUUAAGCAACGUCUUGUAGACGUUUGGGCUGCGGUGGCCCAGGGCGUGCACGUACGCAUCCUUGUGCCCAGUUGUGCAAAGGCCUUUUCAUGCCUUCUAGAGCAGCAAGCUUACGACGAGUUGGGACAACUGAUGCAGCAGCUCCUGUUGCAGAGCAUCCAACACAAUACCGGUGCUGAAUUGCAAUCGGUGCAAGACUCUCUCAGCGAGCUGUUUCUCCAAGCGCUGGACUUCCGUCUGCAGGUGCGUGAACGCGGCUUGGAAAGGCAACUGGUUUCAGAUGUUGAGACGGCUAUUGCCGAGACCUUCGUGACCUGGAUUCUAAAGCUGUCCGAGACAAGCUUUAGACCCAUGUAUGCUCGGGUGCACAAGUGGGCGUUGGAGAACAGCUCCAGGGAAACAAGGCUUACCUACUUCCUACUGACCAACCGGAUCGCCGCGGCUCUUAAGUCGCUCUUCGUACUGUUUGCCAGCGAAUUUGUCGAAGACUCCUCACGAUUGCUGGCAGAGCACAAUUCUCUGCAUCCGGAGUUCGAAGCCGGAGUACCGGAAGAUGAUGUGGAGUUGUUGACGGCUAUACUGAACACUCUGCAUCACGUGUUCUUGUACUGCAACGAGGACUUCAUCAACGAGCACAGAUUCAACGCGAUGAUGCCGCCGCUGGUCAAUCAGUUGGAGAACGAGACUGUACUUGGAAGUGAACCACUGCAGCAGGUGCUCAGCAAUAGCAUCGCCCAGCUGGCGGUGGCCACCAACGAUGUGAUGUGGAAGCAGCUUAACAACCAAGUGCUUCUAAAGACGCGCACAUCAAAUCCGGACGUGCGGAUACUGGCCUUCAACAGCUGCGUAGCCAUUGCUCGUAAACUAGGCGAAAGUUACGCACCCCUUUUGCCGGAGACUGUUCCCUUCAUCGCCGAACUUCUGGAGGACGAACACCAGCGCGUGGAGAAAAACACACGCAGUGCGGUGCAGGAGCUGGAGACCAUUCUGGGCGAGCCGGUUCAAAAGUAUCUUUAAAUAUGCAAAAGCGAUCUUUUGUGUAACUAAAAUGUUCAUAAAAUAUUCAAAUAAAUUUGAUUUAUUCAAAUUCAAAAAA